GAGAGCAAGAGAGAGAGUGAGAGAGAGCGAGAGAGAGUGCAAGAGAGAGCGAGAGAGAGAGAGCAAGAGAGAGAGUGAGAGAGCAAGAGAGAGAGUGAGAGAGAGCGAGAGAGAGUGCAAGAGAGAGCGAGAGAGAGAGAGCAAGAGAGAGAGUGA